AUGGGCGACAUUGACCCCAACUCAUCCUCUCCCUCCUCCCCACCCGUUCCUGCGCACCACCGCCGCCCCGCCACCCUCCCCGUCCCCACACCCACCGCAUCCUUCUGGCAGAGCUCGGCGCCCAGCCCGCUGGCGCAGCACCGCUCCACGCCGGAGCUGCCGCCCGCCGUGGACGUCGUCGUCGUGGGCAGUGGCAUCACCGCCGCGUUCUUUGUGCGUGAGUUCCUCCUGCAGCAACCGAAACUUAGCAUCCUCGUGCUGGAAGCACGGACGCUGUGCUCGGCGGCCACGGGCCGGAAUGGCGGGCACUUGAUCCCGUCGAUGUUUGGGCAGGAGCGGGAUUUGGUGAGGUGGGAGGUGAGGAACUGUGAGGAUGUGGAGGGCGUGGUGCGUGCGGAGGGCUUGGAGGGUGAGUGUGAGUUUCGGCGGGUGCAGGGAGUGUUGGCUUGGUGCGACCGGGGGAUGUGGGAGGGGGCGAAGAGGUUGGUUGACGCAUCGGGGGCGCGGGAGGAGGGGGAAGUGCAGGUGGUGGAGGGAGAGGAGGCAUUGGGGGCGCUGGGAUUGAAGGUUGGUGGGCCCAAGACCGGGGACGACGGGGUCGUGGGCGCGACGGUGCAGAGGUGGGCGGCUACCUUGAGCCCGUAUCGGCUUGUGUGUGGCCUGUGGGGGCGUGUGUUGGGAGAGUCGGUCAAUCUACAGACUACGACACCGGUCACGAGGAUUGAGAAGGGUGGACGAGGCUGGGACGUUUCUACCCCACGGGGCACGGUGCGAGCCAAGCAUGUGGUUGUUGCGACGAAUGGAUAUACUAGUCGGCUCCUUGAGAGAUUCACGGGAGUGAUUAUACCAACGCUGGGCCAGAUGACUGCGCUGUCCGCACCCAAGGAGUGGGAAGACGGAGGCAGGAUGCUGAAGUAUGACUAUGGAUUCCACGGGCUGAAAGGCCAGGAUGCAGUCAUGAGCGAUUACCUCGUACAGCGCCCGUGGAGGGACGGGGGCCAUUUCAUGCAUGGUGGAGGCAGGCAGUGGGUUAAGGGUGGUGCAGAGGGUUGCAGCGAUGAUGGCCUCAAUGAUCCAGAUGCCGUCUCACACUUGAGGCAGCUUCCGGCAAGGCUUGAGUUUGAAGGUGUAAAGAAGGAAUUAAGGCUAGAAGCGGCGUGGACAGGAGUCAUGGGCUACAGUAAAGAUGAUUGCCCAUGGGUAGGAGGUGUGCCCAGGAUGGACGGUGUCUGGGUUGCGGCGGGCUACACUGGGCACGGCAUGCCGAAUGCACCGGGCUGUGGACGACAUGUAGCGAGGCUGGUGGCGGAAGCGUUGAAUGAUGGGGACUGGAGGCGGAGAGAGGAGCUGGCGGUCGAGAGGGACGAAAUCCCCAAGGAGUUCGUGCUGGACGAGGAGAGGUUAGCGAGGUGGGAGCUGAAGAGAUGA